CUCCGUGAGACUAUAAUCCUCCCUGCCCACAAGGCACAGCGCUGCUCUACUAUCGGUGGGCGGAGUCUGCAGGGAGUGGGCCUGCCCGGCGCUUUUAAUACAGAUGCGCUCCUCCAUGCGCCCUGCGUUCAGCGGCGAGCGGACACGGCAGAGGCAGAGCACACAGCACCAUGACUGCACCCAGCAACACCUACGAUGUUAUAGUGGUCGGCGGAGGAAUAUCAGGUUUGAGUGCAGCGAAGCUGUUGAAAGCCAAUGGACUGAGCCCUGUAGUCUUGGAGGCCAGGGAUCGGGUCGGUGGUCGCACCUUCACUGUGCGGAAUAAGGAAACAAAGUGGGUUGAUCUGGGCGGGGCUUACAUUGGACCAACUCAAAACCGCAUCCUCAGAUUGGCAUCCGAGUAUGAUGUGAAGACCUACAAAGUCAAUGAGCAGGAGAGCCUGGUGCAUUAUGUCAACGGAAAGUCUUACCCGUUUAAAGGCUCCUUCCCUCCCAUGUGGAACCCUAUCGUCUUGUUGGACUUCAACAACCUGUGGAGGACGAUGGACGAGAUGGGCAAGGAGAUUCCCAAAGAAGCUCCCUGGAGUGCUCCCCAUGCUGAGGAGUGGGACAAGAUGACCAUGCAGCAGCUCUUUGAAAAAAUCUGCUGGACCAGUACUGUUCGUCGUUUCGCCACGCUGUUUGUCAACGUGAACGUGACCUCUGAACCCCAUGAAGUGUCGGCCCUGUGGUUCCUCUGGUAUGUGAAACAGUGCGGGGGAACCAUGAGGAUCUUCUCCACCAGUAACGGAGGACAGGAGAGAAAGUUUGUAGGCGGCUCCAGUCAGAUCAGUGAGUGCAUGGCCAAGGAGCUGGGAGACCAAGUGAAGCUGCAGUCUCCGGUCUACAGGAUCGACCAGUCCGGAGACAUGGUGGUAGUGGAGACGCUGGACAAACAAAUCUACACAGCCAAGUAUGUGAUUGUGGCCACCCCUCCUGGUCUGAUCCUAAAGAUGCACUUCAACCCUGAGCUUCCACCUCUGAGGAACCAGCUUAUCAGCCGUGUCCCCAUGGGCUCCGUCAUCAAGUGCAUGGUCUAUUACAAAGAGAACUUUUGGAGGAAAAAAGGUUACUGUGGCAGUAUGGUGAUUGAGGAGGAGGGCGCUCCCAUUGGCCUGACAUUGGAUGACACAAAGCCUGAUGGGACUGUACCUGCCAUAAUGGGAUUCAUCCUUGCCCGCAAGUGCAGAAAGCUAUCAGGGCUGAGCAAAGAGGAAAGGUUGAAGAGGAUCUGUGAGAUCUACUCCAGAGUGCUGGGAUCAGAAGAGGCUCUGCAUCCGGUGCACUAUGAAGAGAAGAACUGGUGUGAAGAGCAAUACUCUGGAGGCUGCUACACAGCCUAUUUCCCCCCAGGAAUCCUUACCCAGUAUGGAAAGGUGCUGAGGGAGCCAGUUGGCAGGUUGUACUUUGCAGGCACAGAGACAGCCACAGAAUGGAGCGGCUACAUGGAGGGGGCAGUGCAGGCUGGAGAGAGAGCAGCCAGAGAGGUCAUGUGUGCAUUAGGUAAAAUCCACCAGAGUCAGAUCUGGCAGACGGAGCCUGAGUGUGUGGAGGUCCCAGCACUCCCCUUUGUCACCACCUUCUGGGAGAGGAAUAUGCCUUCAGUUGGUGGUUUCCUCAAGUUCAUGGGAGUCUCCGCCUUUCUGUCUGUUGCCACCGCAGCCAGCCUCAUGGCCUACAAGAAGGGCCUCCUUCCCCGGAGUUAAGCUGCCCACGCCCGUCAUCUCACUCCUCUGCAUCUCAAAGGGGGCAUGUCUCAAUACUGUACUCUUAUACUUGUAGUGCGCUACUUUAUGGCCCAAAGUAGUGAAGUAUAUAGGGUAGUGUUUUUGAGAAACACCCCGCUGACUUUUGAGCUCACACAAAACACUAAUGCACCAUCACUUUGUGGCUGAUUAAAAGUUAAGAGAUGCUACAGUAGUUUGAGGAGUGAAGAAGAGCUUAACUUCAGUUAAAAUCUAUAAUAAAUCGGAGAUUCAGAUUGUGAAAUCAAUGAAGAAAAAACUAUCGAUUUAAGAAAAAUAUAUAUCACUAUUAAUAUUCCAUACAUUGCCAAUUACAUUCACGUUCUUGAUUACAUGAUGAUUUGUCUUAACUCAUCAUGCUUUCUGUGGGUGUAUGAUCUUGGUGUGUGUGCAUGUGCACAUGCUUUGGUGAGCAUGCAGCUGAGAGUGUGAGUUUGUCACUUGUGUACAAAGUGUGUGUGUGUGUGUGUGUGUGUGUGUAUCCAGUGUCUAAUUACCUCUGCUGAUUUUAGGUGCUGAUUUAUUCUGGCCAAGCAGCUGUCGCUGUUUGAUGAGAUCCAGCAACAUCAGAAUAGAAUAGAGUUGUGCCAUGGCCCAUUACAGAAUCACAGAGGAGGUUUAAGGAUAAGUUAUAUAUUUUAUAUUUUUCUUAUUGUCAACAAAUCCCAUAAAAAGAUCAAAACCAGCAAUGAACAGAUCUUUUUAUCUAGUACUGUCUGUGUAGAUUAAUAUGUCCUUCCUCUGUGCCACAGAGCUCCAUCACUCCAAAAAUACUGUUGCAUUGGGUGACAUGUUCCUUCAUUACCAUGAACACACACACUGUAGUUUAUUUUGACU